AUUCCAUCUCCUUCCAAUCUACUAUCAUUCUCUUAUUCGCGGACUAACUGAGUCUUAUCCGUAGUCAUGGCAAUCGCUCAGAGAAUGCAAAACAUCAAUUAUCGCCUUUUGAGCUACACUCUUUCUAUAUGUGCAUUGUUGUUCUACGCACUCGCGCUUACUGGAUGUAUCUCACAAUCUCCAGGAGUUCCAAACAUCUUCUUGUUAGAGAUUAAAGGCAUACGGGGUGGGAAUUCCACUGCUGCGGAAGUACGUGUAGGAUAUUAUGGAAUCUGUAUACAGAUGUCAAACCAAACCACCUGCCAAGUAAGCUCCGGCAAAACGACAGACGCCAUUUUGCAAUUCAAAAACACACCUCCACCGUCCAGUACAACCGAAUCCAACGGUCUAGCAAGCAUAAUAUCUCUUACGCUUGCUAUCCAAUCAAAAAUUAUCCCUGCUCUGAUCGCUGGAGCUGGGGUUUUAUUCACUAUUAGCCUAUUCGUUGUUGUCCUAUUAAACAGGGACUUUAAACAAAUAGGUAAAAGCAACCCAACUAGAGCCAAACGCAGGCAAGUUCUUAGAAAAGCACUUUUCGCUACCUUGUGGCCGUCAGUUGCCUUUUCGCUAGCGUCAGCUAUGUCUGUGCAUCAAACAACGAGCGCUCUGGCUUACAUUACUCGAGCGGAAGCGUCUACCAUCGAAAUCACGGCUGGCACGACGCUAAAUGUUCUACAAUGGCUUGCAUUUGCAUCUUCGGCAUUGUUUGCAGUAGCUACAUUGGGCAUAUCCAGUACUCAACAUCAGACGAUUCCGUCGGCCGGAUCAACUACCCCGGGUGACCCAGGUCUUCCACCUCCACCUCCACCAUUCCCG